UCCAAGGCGGGUAGAGGAAGAAGUAAAGCAAGUCCACGUUGGCCCCGACGCCUGCGUACAGACAACCGGGCCGGCUUUGGCUCCCCUCUUUCUCCAGAGGCACGGAUUGGACCCACGGACGGGGCGUGAUGGGUAACCGCACCGGCCGGAUGCCUGGGCUGCUCCAGCGGGGUAGUCGGUACCGGGACCUCCUUGGCGCUGUCCUCCCUCCUGUCCCUGCUGCUCUUCGCUGGCAUGCAGAUAUACAGCCGCCAGUUGGCCUCCACCGAGUGGCUCACCAUUCAGGGGGGCCUGCUGGGCUCCGGCCUUUUCGUCUUCUCCCUAACUGCCUUCAAUAAUCUGGAGAAUCUGGUCUUUGGUAAAGGCUUCCAAGCAAAAAUCUUCCCUGAGAUUCUCCUCUGCUUGCUGUUGGCACUCUUCGCAUCUGGCCUCAUCCACCGAGUCUGUGUCACCACUUGCUUCAUCUUCUCCAUGGUUGGUCUGUACUACAUCAACAAGAUAUCCUCCACUCUGUACCAGGCUACAGCUCCAGCCCUCACGCCGGCCAAAGUCACUGGCAAGAGCAAGAAGAGAAACUGACUGGGAAUGAGGAAUAAGAACGAGUAAUAAAGUCGCUUCUUUGUA